CUGGCUUCGCUGACCCUCCGCGCUUCGCUGGUGUUAGGCGCGUAGUACAGUACGUUCCGGUUCCAUUCCAAUGAAAAACAACCGGGGAUUUCGUGUUUUGUGACCGUUGCGGUGCCGUUCGUGCCUUCCCCGCGAACAAUCGCCGACGGGUUGUUCGCAGACGACCGUCGUCUGCUACUGCUAAAGUGACGUCGAGUGCACUUUAUCUGGCGUGUCUGCUGGCCAGGGCGAAUGGGCGAGCGGAACGAGACGAUGGCGAUUUCGUGGUGAUAAGCUAUCUCCCCUUGAAAAAAACGCUGUGGCGGGCUCCAUGAGCCAGUCCGACACCGGCGAUCACAGCGGCCGCAACACCAUGGCAGAUCUCAUCGUCAGUUCACCUCUCGUGAAGUCAUUCCUGGCUGGAUCGCUGAGUGGGACGUGCUCGACUUUGCUUUUCCAACCAUUGGACCUGCUGAAGACGAGGCUUCAGCAGCCACAGACCGAUGGGCAGACCGGCAGAGCAGGCAUGUUGAGGCAUGUUGCUCUCGUUGUCAAGAACGAAAAGGUCUUUGGACUCUGGAAGGGUACGGUGCCUUCAAUAGUUCGCUGCGUCCCGGGGGUCGGACUCUACUUCUGUACAUUUCACUUCUUGAAGACUAGCUUUCACCUGGACAGUCCCAGCUCUGGUGAGGCGAUGCUCUUGGGUAUCGGCGCCCGAACCAUCGCAGGCGUUGCCUUGCUGCCUGUCACCGUCAUCAAAACGAGGUUUGAAAGUCAAGUGUAUCACUACCGGACAAUGAGCGAGGCAACCAGAGACAUCUACAGGAAGGAGGGGGUCAGAGGACUUUACAGCGGACUGGUUCCGACGCUGGUGCGAGACGCGCCCUUUUCCGGUAUCUACCUCGUCUUCUACCUCCAGGCAAAGCGCUUCGUUCCACAAAGGUGGAAGGAGAGCUCGAGCGUGGUGGCCACCAACUUUGCGUGCGGGCUGGCGGCGGGACUGCUGGCGUCGGGAGUGACCCAGCCGGCGGACGUGAUCAAGACGCAGAUGCAGCUCUGCCCGACCAAGUUCACCAGCAUUACCAGCACCAUCUUGCUCAUCGGAAAGGAAGAGGGCGUUGUGGGUUACUUCCGCGGACUCGUUCCGAGGAUGCUGCGGAGGACUCUGGUGACUGCGAUGGCCUGGUCCUUUUACGAACAGAUCACCAAAGGAUUCGAAAAAAUGAAAGGACCACGUGGUAACCUGGCACCACGGAAACAAGGCGAGCGGACUGCAAUCGAUCAGUGCCGAUCGAUCAAACGCUCCCUGCUCAACGUUCCUGGACCUGUUGCGUCGUCGAUACGUCCUCGCGCCUGUACAUAGAUUUGCGACGCUUUUCUAAGUUCAGCCGAGUCUCAAAUUGACUCUUUCUUUUUUUCUUUUCUUUUUUUUCAAUUAAAGCAAGCAUGCGAGCUUUCUCGUACCUCCGCUUGCGCGCUGCACCGGUGCAGCAAGCCACCCUGUGUGCCUUGACGAUAGAGUGCAAGAUUCAAGUUACACAUACGCUUGUUUUAGUUUUACCCACAGUUUUGCUCACGGUGGAAGAAGAGAGAGGUGUAUGAACAUGGCCAGCCGAGGCGGCAAAAGUUAGUUUCAUGCAGGUGCGGUCGUGCGUCGCAUGGCACUCUGGCGCGGCCUUGAGAACGUGUGCGCGAACAAGUGUGGCUCCUUGAUCGCCUCUCGCAGGUCUCCCUCUACCCUAGGCAUGCUGCGCCAUCUUGCAGUGUUUGCCAGAAAUGCGGGCAGACCUUCAACACACUGGUUACGUGGCGAAGAGGCGCCGUGCAAAUGCCUCUGUCUUUCAUCGUGGUUUUUGCCUUUUAGAAUUGUAUAUAAGGAAGGAAGAUCUCUGUGUUACGCAAAACAAGUAAUAAAGCAAUGCUUUACAAGUUG